AUGCCAAAAAGAAAUGGCCAAGAAUCUAAUCUGAAAGCAUACAAAAAAUAUACCAAUAAAACGCGCCAGAGGAUUACCUCAUUUCGAGCAAACAACGUUCAACGCGACUUGAAUGUUAAUUUUCAGAGCCAUAGUUCGAUCAUCGCUCCCUCGUGGGUUUUCCUGUCGCUAGGAUCUAUGACCGUUUUAGUCAAGAGAUUUGCUAGCAAUGACUUGUCGGAGCUCUGGAACGAGUUGGUCUCCCGCGGUCGGAUCGAAGCCAUCUUUAAUCGUUUGAGAAAAUGGGUUGUGUCUGCUCUAUUUGCUUCCAUCAUCAUUCUUCUGCGGCAUGAUGGUACUGCGUUGUGGGCAAUCAUUCGUUCCGUUUCGAAUUCGCUGUCUGUAUUCCUCAAACGUUUACUUAACCAAGCGAGGCCUGCUACAACCUCGCGAACUGAUCCCGGGAUGCCAUCUUCCCAUGCCCAGUCCAUGUCCUUCAUAUCUGUGUUUGCGGUUUUGUCUGAUAAAAGCAAACUUGAACCGAGACAUCCAUUGUUUCCACUACCAACGGUUAAGACAGAUUGGUCAAUGUUAUUAUUGUGCAGUUAUGGAAUGGCUUGGAACCAACGAAGUCUCCCUGUUCCUAAGCAUGCUCAUCCUCGCAUUGGGUUCAUAUUUUGUAAGUGUUUCAACUAUUCGAUUCGCAUGCUUUUAAACUCAUUUAGUUUCUUGGUAAACCAAUUUGCAUUGAUCUCUCCCUCUGCAAAUGUGCAGAUACGGUUAAGGGUUUCUCAGAAACUUCACACAAGCAAUCAAGUGGUAGUUGGUGGGUUGAUGGGUUCUGUUUUCUGCAUCUUUCGGUACAAAACGUGGAACUUGCUUCUUCUUGAAGCCUACGAGUCAUCUCUAUUACUCCAACUAUAUGUGUUUCUGGUUGCAUCUGCAUAUACGCUAGCUUUUGCAGCCUACGUUGUACUCAACUGGUUCAGACACGAUAGAUGAGCAUAACCUUUUUAACUUUCCAUAUCUGCUUAAAAUAUCUACCAAACCAUAAGGUCGUUUGUGAAAGUUUCAAAUGUAGGCAACCCACGCAUUUGAGACUAGAGAGCAAACAUUGAAUGUUAGUGAAUGUGUAUGCGACCGCAAAAAAAACGAAACAUGUGUGUUGUAGCUACUCGUGAGCUAUACAUCCUCUUGAACGGUUAAAACAAAUAACCAAACAUGUAUAUAUUUUCUAUUCACAAGGCGUGCUAAACGUCUUGCAUCUUAUUUCUCUUUGCCCAUAUCAAACAAACACCCAUUAUGGAGACAAGAGGGCUUACUUAAUCAUCCUUGAGAGUCUGUGAUGCUUCUGAUGAUGGUCGGGACGCAGGAAUGUAA